CACAAUGAUUUCACUGGGAAAAUAUACUUUACUGCUUCCCGUUCUCUUAUGCAUUUGCAAAUUUAAUGGUGUCAACAGUGUUCCUCCAGUUGUUCUGUGGCAUGGAAUGGGAGAUAGCUGCUGCUUUUCAUUUAGUUUGGGAGCGAUAAAAAAGUUAAUAGAAGACACAUUGCCCGAUGUUUAUGUUUAUUCUAUCCGUUUAGGAAAUAAUGAACUAGAGGACGUGGAACAUAGUUACUUUGGAAAUGUUAAUCAACAAAUAUCGGAAGUUUGUGAACGAUUAUCGAAAGAUCAACGUCUUACAGAUGGUUUCAACGCUAUUGGGUUCUCACAGGGAGCUCAGUUUAUGAGAGCUGUGAUUCAAAGGUGCCCUCACAUACCAAUUAAAAAUUUUAUUUCUUUGGGUGGUCAGCAUCAAGGUGUUUUUGGAUUACCGAACUGUGCCAGUUUGGAACACAACGUUUGUAACCACAUGACACGAGUGAUCAGAUAUGGAGCGUACUUACGGUUUGUCCAGGAGAAGUUUAUUCAAGCUACUUACUGGCACGAUCCAUAUCAAGAAGAAGAAUACAAGCAUAAAAGUACAUUCCUGUCUGAUAUUAACAACGAACUUCAUAUAAAUCAGACUUAUAAAGACAGUCUCAAAAAACUUGAAAACAUGGUGUUAGUAAAAUUUGUUAACGAUACUAUAGUUUCGCCACAAGAAACCGAAUGGUUUGGAUUCUAUGCACCUGGACAAGAAAAACAAAUUCAAACUCUUGAAGAAACUGACUUAUAUCGUGAGGAUCGCUUGGGAUUACAAGCACUGCACAAAUUAGGAAAAAUCCACCUUAUUUCCGUUCCCGGAAACCAUUUACAGUUUACGGAGAAUUGGUUCAUUGAUAAUGUGAUUAAAAAAUAUUUGUCACAACAAACAUGA